CAGAAAUGAGUGAUAACUGAAUCGUAGCAUGAAUUCAAAAUGUUCUUACCAGCACUCAUGUUGAUUUCCAUACAAUGAAACGUGAAUUGCCAAAAUAUAAUAUGGAUAUUUCAACAUUUUUGAAAAUAAAGCUUCUGCCCUGACUGCUCAUUACAGUUCUCGGCAUAAAACCGCAAAUUCAAGAGUAUCAUUAUAAUGGUACUUGAAUAGGCUAGGACAAGAAUUUAUUCCACUAAAAAUCACGAUAGCUACAUCUACAUGUAUUCUGAAGUAAAGUGCAAAAAAUGUCGCAAAACAUUAUUCCACCUGCAGCAAAAAAACUUUCUUCUCAAUGCCCAUCAUGAGAAUCUAAGCAAAAAUACCUCAGAGAUGGAAGACACCUGUGACACAGUUAGAGAUGAAAACAUGGUGCACUUGGAUGAAAAUUUCUUACCACACUGGAUCUCCCUGAAGAUAGAAGCUGAACAGUGGUCUAAAGGCCGUAUAAACUGCCCAUAUUGUGACUCUAGGAUAGGAAAUUUCGAUUUUGUCUCUGGUUCCAGAUGUGAAUGCUCAAAUAGUUAUCUACCACCAGUACAUCUUAUAAAAAGUAAAAUUGAUUUGGUUUCAUGAGAUACCAUGUACUUUUAGUUAAGUUUAAGUAAUGCUAUAAUAUAAACUGUUUAGAAAAAAAAUAUUAAAGGUUCAC